AUGUCAACCUCAGUACACUCGAUUGCGGAGAAGGAAGGGCCUAGCGCUGGUAUUGAGGGUGAUUUCCCUCUCGACGAGGGUGUGGUUCAAGCUCUACCGGAGGGUAGCAAGGUUCUGUCAGCGCAUAGCUAUGGUUCCUCCGCAUGGACAGUCACAGCCCGCCUGAACGUUUUGCUUUCCGGCGGAACAGAGAAGAAGUAUUUUCUCAAGAUUGCGACCGAGGAACCUGGUCGCGUGAUGAUGGAGGGAGAGUUCAACUCAAUGAGCUCUCUUUACCAGUCUUUACCGGAAUUCAUUCCCAGGCCUCUGACUUGGGGCAAGUUCAAGAUCAAAGCGCCUGAGACGUACUUCUUUCUGUGCGACUUCAUUAACAUGACCAACGACAUGCCGGAUCCAGUUCAGUUCUGCGCCAAGCUUGCAGAACUCCAUAGAACGAGCGAAUCUCCGACUGGGAUGUUUGGCUUCCACAUUACGACCUGCCAUGGUAGAUACCCCCAAGAACUGGCUUGGGACCCCAGUUGGACUAGCUUCUUCACCAAACUGCUUCGAGGCUGUUUCGUAUUCGAGAAGCAGGAGUGUAGUCCGUGGCCGGAGUACGACACAGUCGCAGACCGUAUACUAAGCCAUGUGGUUCCAAGGCUCCUAGGAGCGCUCGAAGAGGACGGCCGCAAGAUCAAGCCGUCGCUUAUUCACGGAGACUUGUGGGAAGGCAAUAUUGGAACCGAACUUUCGAAUGGCAAGAUCUACAUCUUCGAUGCCGGCGCGUACUACGCCCAUCAUGAGAUGGAGAUCGGCAUGUGGCGAUGUGAGUAUCAAAAGAUCAAAUCGCGAGAGUAUAAGCGACAGUAUCUGCGCAACAUGACCGUGAGUGAGCCGGCGGAAGAGUUCGAAGACCGCAAUCGUUUGUACUGUAUCAAGAUGGAUGUCAUCCACUCAGCGCAUAAUCCUGGAUCCAUCGUCAGAGAAACGAUUUACAACGACAUGUGCUACUUAGUCGACAAGUACGCACCAUAUCCACACGGAGAAGAGCCUUCAAAGAGUAAAAUGCAGAAAGAGGUGCCUGCAGCCAUGUGGAAAGGUGCAGAAAGUUCUGCGUUGUCGACAUAA